AGAAAUAGAGAAAGAUAGUGGGGAUUUCAGAAACAACUCAGUCUAUGAGCUUAUUUCCCUUUUGGAAAGAAGCUUUGGCUUUUAAGAUAUCUGAACAAAAGUCACUUCCCCAGUCCUGAGACUGUUUGGAUCUGAGACAUCUCAGUGAUGGAUGGUAUGGCUGGAACUCAACACUUUCUGACAGUUCAUGCCUGCAGUCCCCUAUGGUAGGUUGAGAGGGGACACCUCUUUUGCAUGAUAUAAAAAAGAAUAUUGAGGUCCCCUCAGUUCCACCCAAAGUAGGGGAAGAGAAACUUUUAAAGGGGAAAGUGUCUUUCCUAAAUUGAAGAAUUAGAAUUUUCAGGUCAAGCUCAGGACAUUAGAGCAGGAAGUAGCACAUAUAUAACGUAAUUUUCUUAUUUUAUAAAUGGGGAAAGUGAGGCCCAAGUAAGGUUUUGUGAUACAGCCUAAUAUGCGUUAGAAUAAGCACAAGAAUUUAGGCUCAUGAUUGGAGUAGAAAGGGUCCACAAAUGUGAGGAUAAGGGAUAUGUCAUUCAUUGCUGUGUUGUCUAGUUCCAGUCCAGUGCCUGACACAUGGUAAACCAAAAAACCAAACCAGUUGCCAUUAAGUCAAUGCCAGCUCAUAGUGACUCUAUAGGACAGUCCUGUAGGGUUUCCAAGCCUGGAAACCUUUACAGAAGCAGACUGCCACAUCUUUCUCCCACAGAGUGGCUGGUGGGGUUCCAACUGCUGACCUUUUGGUUAGCAGCCAAAUACUUAAACUUUGUGCCAUCAAGGCUACUUUGACUUAUGGUCAAAACCAAAAAACUAAACCCAUUGCAGUCAGCGCGCGUAAACUUUGGUCACGUGUCUGACUGAUUGACUCCCUUGACUGAUGAUACAUGAAUGAUACACCUGUACUUUGUGCUCCCUGGAAACUAGCUGGACCCAUAUGUGGUCCAUUUCAGACAGAUAUUAGAAGGCUCUCUCUACUUGCUGUGAUGGAAUAACACUUUUCUUCCACUUUGUUGAUUCUAUCAGGACCCUUACAGGAUGCAUGUGGUGAAGCAUGACAUAAAACUGGGGUUUCCUUUGAGGUGAUAGAGGACUUGGCAGCAUUAAUGUAGAAAUCAUCAGUAGACAAUCUCUCACGUGAUCUCGUGGAGUAGAGAGACAGUUGAAGGAAGUACCCAGUUCAACUGGAGAAUUUAAAGCUGCGCCUAAACAGAGCUGUCUUCAGUUUUUCUUCUGUGGAACUCAUGUUUUCAAAUCUAUCCUUCAUCUGUGUCCUGCUAGUGCUGCUGCUACUUACAAGGUCUUUGGAAGGGGCAUACAUAGUCGAAGUGGGUCAGAAUGCCCUUUUGCCCUGCAACUACUCUCCAACAGCCUCAGUAAAUCAUGUGCCUGUGUGCUGGGGCCAGGGAUCCUGUCCCAUGUUGCAAUGCCACCUAACAGUGCUCAGCACUGAUGGAAGUCAUGUCAACUACCGGAAAUCGAACAGAUACCAGCUAAAGGGAUAUUUACACACAGGAGAUGUGUCCCUGACCAUAGAGAAUGUGACUUCAGCAGACAGUGGGACCUACUGCUGCCGGAUACAAUUCCCAGGCCUAAUGAAUGACGAAAAAUUAACCCUGGAGUUGGUGAUCACACCAGCCAAGGUCACCACUGCUCGGACCCCUCGGAAGGAAUUUACCACAAUCUUGCCAAGGAUGUUCACCACCAAGGGUGCUCGCUCAGCAGAGACACAGACAUGGGAAACCCACCAUGAUUGUAAUCAAACACAAAAAUUCUCAUUGGCUAAUGAGUUUCAUGACUCUGCAGUGACCACACGAAUAGCUGUCUACAUUGGAGUAGGGAUCUCUGCUGGGCUGGCUCUUGUCCUCAUCAUUUAUGCUUUAAUUCUCCAAUGGUAUUCUCAUAAGAAAGAGAAGUUACAGAACUCAAGCCUCAUCUCUAUGGCUAGCCUCCCUCCCUCAGGGUUAGUAAAUGCAGUAGCAGCGGGGAUGCACUCAGAGGAAAACAUCUACACCAUUGAGGAGAAUGUUUAUGAAAUGGAGGAUUCAAAUGAAUACUACUGCUACAUCAGCGAUUGGCAGCGGCCCUGACAACCCUGGGUUGUCACCUUUCAAGUCUUUGGAAUCUCGUGCCAUCGGAUCCGACCACUUCAUUUUUGUGCUCAUGGUUGUCUUUCUCAAAAACUAUGAAAUCUGGCAGCUGACUGGGUUUUAGAGGUACUGUCCAAGUUCACAGAAGAGUUUCCUUAUUUUCUAAAGGUAAUUGGCUCACAUGGGUAUUGGACUACACUGAACUUGGAUGGACACUUCAUUACCCAACCCAGGGGCAGCUAAUAAAGAGGAGUUAGAGCAGGAAUGGGCUCUUGUAUGAAUUUAAAAAAUAAAAACAUGCUGUAGAGUAGAUUCUUACUCCUAGUGACCCUGUAGGACAGAGUAGGACUAUUCCAUAGAGUUUCUUAGGCUGUAAUAUUUAUGGGAGCAGAUUGCCAGAUCUUUUCUCCUCUUCUCUGGUUGGUUCGAACUGCUGACCUUUUGGUUAGCAGCCAAGUGCUUAACCAUUGCACCACCACGCCUCUUUUGGCUGUCUUUUCAGCCAUAUUCCAAGCAAAUGUGUUUAUAAGAGAUAAUCUGAGUGGGGGUAUUUGGAGCUAGUCGCUUUACGGUGUGUUGGGACCCUGAAUGAGAAUCACUAUUUAAGCAGAAGAUACACAUCUUGUUGGUUGCUUGUUGGGUUACUUGUUUUCCCCCUUAUUGUUAUUUUUUUAAAUUUUUUAUUUGGAAAGGAGUUUAGAUUUGUAGGAGAGUUGCUGAGAUAGCACAGAGAGUUCCUGUUUACCCCUUACCCAGUUUCCUCUAAUAUUAACAGCUAGCAUAACCAUGCUACAUUUAUCAAAACUGAAAAAGGAACAUUGGUACAGUACUAUUAGCUAAACAAUAGACUUUACUUGGAUUCCCAUUAUUCAACUUUAAACUUUGGAAUUAAAUGCUUUUUUGAAAAACACAGAAGUGUUUAAGUUAGAGCUGAAAGUACCAUUUCUUCUCCUCCCCAUCCAACCCUUCUCCCUAAUUCCACUCCCCGAGAGUAAUCGGUAUUACAUCCUUCUAGACCAGCACCAUCCUAAAGAAAUACAAUAAAAUUUAAAACUGUCUAGUAGUCACAUUUAAAACAGUAAAAAGAAACAGUAAGAUUAAUUUUAAUAAUGUAUUUAACUGAGUACAUCUAAAGGAUUAUCAUUUGAACAUGGAAUAAAUAUAAAAAUUAUUAAUGAGAAAGCUUACUUUUUUUUGUUCUACGUCUUAAAAGUUCAGUGUGAAUUUUAUAUUUCUAGCAUACCUCAAUUCUGAGUAGCUAUAUUUUAAGUGCUCAACAGCCAUGUAUGGGUAGUGGCCCUAGUAUUAGACAGCAUAGUUCUAGGCCAUUCUCUGUACUUUUUCACCCACACACACAUUGUUACUUACUUUCCCCCCCACUAUUUAUAGAAGGACAUUGGUUCAUGUCAGAAUAUAGGAAAUAAAACCCCUUUUUAAAAAAAAAAAAAAAAAAAGU